AUGGGGAGUGGCGGCGGCGGACGCGGGGCGGGCAGCGCCUGGUCGGGGACCCCGAAUCGCCAGAGGGUGCCCCCGUGGAAGAGGAGCAGCAGUGGCAGUCGCCCUCUUCGCAGCAGCUACGUGGUGUGUGACGGGUGCAGCAGAUGGCGCUACUGCAAGAAUAUCACCAGCAGGGGCGACCUCUGCAUCUGCGGCAAGAAUCUCGCCUGCCUCGUCCCUGACGGACAUGUCUUCCGUGACGAGGAUGGUGGGUGGCUGGCAGCACAGCCCCAAGGAGGAACCUCGCCCAGGAUCAGCUGGGCAGAUGGUUGGCAGCCAGGAGGUGGUGCAGGCGGGAAAGGGCAAGGAGGCCAACGCCAGCCGCCACCUCACGACAAGACCGUCGAUCUCAAGGCCGCCGCCGCAGCAGCAUACAGCAAGCUCAGCAAGGACGACCCGCACAGGCAGCACAAUGAGGCCCUCUGGCCAGAGCUCGCCGCAGCCAAGCCACCAGCAGAACAACCAGUUGUUGGAUUCAAGGCAGUGGAGGCAGCAGCUCGACGCUUGGACAAACUCCAGAAGAAGGUACGAUCGGCAGGGGAGCAAGUGGAGAGUGCCCAGCAGUACUUGGCUGAGAGUGAACGCAAGCUUCGUGAAGCUAUGGAAGCCUCCAUUGCAGCUGAAGAUGAGUUCGACAAGCUCAAGGCCACAGUCGGCAAGCAAGAGGCACCAGCUGAACCAGCAGCCGAGAAGCCAACUCUGGCAGCACUCCUGGAGCAGUUCGAGCAUGAGCCUGACGACUUCCACAAGUGGUCCGAGCCCGACAAGGAGGUCUGGCGAGCAGCAAAGGCCAAGGGCGAGCGUAUGGCCCAGACGGUCAAGGAGCACGAGGAGGAGACGGCGAAGCACCUGCGACUUCUGGAGGAAGAGACGGCCGGGCACCAGGAGCAGCUGCGCCAGCUCGAGCAGGCCCGCACCAAGCGCCUGUCAAAGAGCGGAGAGCAAGACCCAGAAGCAGCAGAAGCCCCACCAGGCAAGCGUGUGCCACCACAGGCGCUGAGGCAGCAGGGUCAGCUGCCGCGGCUGCGCCUAACGGCGCCGCAGCAGCUGCCCAACCAGAAGCAGGUGCAGCAGCACAUGACAAAGCUGAGGAACGCCGAGCCAGAGUGGAGGCCCACAUCCAGGAGGCGCGAGAGAAGGUCUCGCAGGCCAGGCGCGCCGAGACAGUCGUCGACGCAGAAGGGCAAGGUGACCACUCAGCAGGGUAGCCGCCCCACGGCGAGCGCGAAGAAGGCUCGCCGCCCUUACCACAUCGACUUCUUCAAUGUCACGACCUGGGCCCCCCAGGCACAGGGCUACCCCAUGGAGAUCAACGGCACCAAGGACAGGGGCAUCAUCGGCAUCGCGGAGCACCACCUCCGCCAGCCUGCGCAGAUAAGCAAGGCAAGAGCGGCGCUCAGGAGGAAUGGCAUGCACAGCUACUGGACCAAGGACAGGAUCGCGGGUUUCGACGAGCACUACCUGCACGAGGACGGCAGCGACGUCACGGUGGCGAUCUCCAACCUGCACAAAGUCCGCUUCGCAGUGGCCUUCGUCUACCUCGAGUGUGGGACGGGCUUUGGAGAGAGGAACGUCGACAUCCUCUGCGACCUGCGGGAGAAGAUGGCCGUCUGGGGAGGGCCAUGGGCAGCGCUUGGGGACUUCAACAUGACGCCGUCGGAGCUCAACAACAGCAUCUGGCCCAGGGUGCUGAAUGCUCAAGUAGCUGCGGCGGAGGAUGGUGAAGCCAGGUGCAUCGAUUUCGCGCUGAUCUCGCAGGGCCUGGCGCCGUAUUAUGACCAGCUAGAGCUGCUCAGGACCGCGCCGUGGAAGCCGCACAUCGGCAUCCGCUUGAAGUUGAAAGGGCGGCCUCUCAUGCUCAAGGGCAGGGCAGGAUGCGACCUGGAAGAGAACGACAUGGAGCCAGUGCCGCAGCUGUACUACGACAAGGAGGUCCAGCACGUCAUCCCUGACGAGCUGUGGCAGCACUUGCAGCGCACUGUCGUCGGUAAGUUGAUGGAGCGGGACUUGCUGGACCUGGGGCAACAGCACGACCACUUCGCAAGCACCCUCGAGCUCAGCCUGUGCGAGAGCAUCGGCAUCCCAGAGGAAGAGCGAGGACGCAACACCAUGGACAUCCAAGAUCACGAUCCCUUCGAGGACGAGGAGAACUACUUGGAGUACCGCCAGGAGAUCGCAGACCAGGAAAACAGCGAUGGAUACCACAAGCACGUCGAGGGGCAGCAGGCCAGCCUCGAACUCAGCCAGACCGUUCGCCGUCGUGCAGCUGGACCUGCUUCUCACCCACCAGCAGGACGCAGCACCAUGGACGUCCAAGACCACGACCCCUUCGAAGAGGAGGAGGACUGCUUGCAGUACCGCCAGGAGACCGCAGACCAGGAGGACUGCGAUGGGUACCACCAGCGCAUCGAGGGGCAGCAGGACAGCAUCGGCUACGGCCAGACCGCUCGUCGUCAUGCAGCUGGAUUUGGUGAAACUGCCCCAGGUGACACGCACUGCUCACCUCCUCUGCCAGCUGGCACUCUGGAGGCAGAGGGCACCGAUCACCUGGGGAGUCAGAACCAAGCGCCGCCAAGCCCAGAGGCAGAGGAGCAACGAGAUAUGGGCCUGCCCCCACCAGAUCCCUGGAAUGAUGACCAACACCAGCGGGAGCGGGAAGACUACGUGGCCAUGAGAGACGACCUGGAGUACUGGGCGGCCAUCUGGAUGGAUAACUUGGUGCAGCUCCCCACGGACAACAGCAACUGGAUGCAGAUCUGCGUGCCGUUCCUGGAGACCAUCUUGGGAGGCGGAGGCAACAAUGACAUGGUGAGACUGCUCAGGCGUAGGUACCAGCAGGACCAGCAGCAGGCCCUCCUCGCAGACCUGCACGCGAUAGCAGAGGGCGCCCUCGUGGACCCAGGGACAAUCAGCAGGGUAGCAGGGGAGGUAAAGAGCAUGGCCAAGCUACUCACAAAGGCGGUGAAGAAGGCGUACAUCCACUGGGUGCACGACGCCACGGCAGGCAGUGCGAAGAUGGCCCACGCCUACACCAAGGCGGCGGAGCGCAGCCAUCUGGAGGACAUCCUAGAGCACGAGGGCCAGGUCAUCAACCACCCGCAGCAGCUGGUGGACUUGCGCAAAGAAGCAUGGCAACGCAGGUGGACACGAGAUGCGCAGAAGACCGAGAGGAUCCAAGAGGCGCUGGCCAAGCUGAGGCAGGCUGCCUUGGCCCAAGAGAAUGCCCUCGAGCCCAUCAGCAAGGACAUCAUAGGCCCCAUCAUCCAGCACCUGAAGCGCAAUGCUGGCCAAGGAGCGGACUGGUGGAGGGCUCCAGAGCUCAAGGCCAUGAGCGCCCAGGGGCUGGAAGAUUUCGUGCAGUGCCUGACCAGCUGUGAGCAACGGGCAGCUUGGCCGUGGCAAUUCUACUUGGUGCUGGAGCUGCUGCUGGGUAAGAAGCAAGGAAUCGGCGGAGAGCGCCCCAUCGGCCUCAUGCCCAUGCCGUACCGCAUCUGGAGCGCAGCCAGGAGGCCCAUAGUAGCCACCUGGAGCAAGGCAGCGGCGGGUUUCUGGGAUACGGCAGUAGCUGGCUCCUCAGCGCUACGAGUGGCAAUGCACAGACUGAUGAGGGCAGAAGCCGCCACGGAGAUGGGCUUUCACGCAGCAGGAGUGUUCUACGACGCGGCAAACUUCUACGACAACAUAGGCCUCGACCGGCUGAUCGAGAAGGCCACUGCCCUCCAGUACCCGUUGCUGCCGCUGGCAAUGGCCGUGCAGAUGUACCUUGCGCCCAGGGCCAUCAUGGCCCACAGCCUCUUCUCGGACAUCUUCGAGCCUGCCAACAGCAUGGUAGCUGGCUGUGGCCAAGCGGUAGACCUCACCAGACCGCUUUUGUAUGGAAUCCUGGAUGCAGCGCACAGGCACCACAUCUUCGCCGUCAUGCAGCAGUACCUGGACGACUUGGCCCUGCAGGUAGAGGGUGCGCGGCGGCAGGUCAUUGACCAGAUCAAGCACGUGGCAGCGCUGGUGCACGAUGGAUUCAAGCAGCUCGCGAUACCCAUCUCUGUCAAGACGGCAGUGGUGGCCUCGGACAAGGACCUCCAGGCCAAGGCCAAGCAGAGGGCGGCCAAGCUCAGGGACCUAGCGAAGACGGACGCCAGAGGCGCGGCAAAGGUCUAUUCAGCAGGUGCCUACUGCCAGCAGGCUUGGGACUUACCAGCGCAUGGCACCACGCCCACGGAGGCGAAGUUGGUCAGGGCUACGGAGGCAGCGCUCCUCACAGGCGGACACAAGGCUGGACGCUGCACGUCCACCAUCCUCCUGAUCCAGAGGGGUAUGCAAGAGGCAGUAACCCGAGCCAUCGGCGACCAGAUCAAGCAGUUCUGGCUCACCGUAGUCGACCACCCGACGGAGCUCAAGAGGUACCAGAGAGGCUGGCUCCUGCUCUACGCCAAGCUGGGCGCCCUGGAACCCAACCGCAGGUGGCAGCAGGUCAAGGGGCCUAUGGCAGGGGUCAUCGCGCAGUUGCUUGGGUUAGGCUGGAUACCGCGACGCCUGGACAGCUGGAUCAGCCCAGCAGGUGACGAGUGGGCCUACAAGCCAGAUGACAUUCCUCACUUCGGCGCGCUCCUGCAUGAAGUCCAGCAGAGCGCGCAGCAGCAGCUCUGGCAGCAGGCAGCUGGCCAUCGCAGUGGAGAAGGACUUCAGGCUGGAGGCGACCUCUAUCAGCUGCAGCGCCACCUGAGGAGGAGGAGGCGUAAAGGACAGCAUGCAGAGGCAGCCAUGCUGGAGACCAUAGCGGUGGCGGGCAUCUGGACCAGGGAGCGUCGCAGGGCGGCCAACCUCAACCAAGAAGGCGAUGACACCUGCGCGAGAUGCGGCGAGGCGAUAGAGACAGAGGAACACCGCUACUACGCAUGCCCUGCCAACGCAGAGAUAGGGCACAGCAAUGACACCGACCUGGCGAAGAAGGCGAAGGACGCGCUGGACCAGCGGCAGGACCUGCAUUUCUGGCUCCGAGACAUCCCGCCAGCGGCCUGGGCAGCCAAGGUCGACCCAGACGAGGACGCGGCGAAGGCGGCGCAGAUCUUCUGCACCAGCGAAGAGGCUCAGGCUGCAGCCCAGUCAGGGCACAAGGUUCGAGCAGACUAUGUCUUCACGGACGGCUCAGGUGGUGCAGGGGAAACGGCCAGGGACCCCCGCCUCAGACGCUGCGGCUGGGCAGUGGUGGCUUUCAGGUUCGACGAACAAGGACGUCCGCAGGAAGUGGCUGCCUGGUACGGCACAAUCAGGGCACCGCACACGGUGCCACGGGCAGAGCUCACCGCCAUGAGCAAAGCCAUCGGGUACACCACGGCGGCGACAGCCAGGGGGCUCAACAUAGUCAGCGAUUGCAAAUACGCCCUGGACGCACUCAAGCAGAUCCAGGACCCUGAGGAUCUGGACUACAGGAGCACGAACUACGACCUCUGGCUCCAGACGAAGCAGCAGCUGCAGAACAGCACGAACACCAUCAUGGGCCACCACAUCCCGAGCCACCUGAUCGAGCACCCAGCCGAGCUGGAGAGGUGGAAUGGCCCCACCUGGUGGGUCAUAGGAAACGAGAUGGCAGACAAGUACGCAGGCUGGGGAGCGGAGCAUGGAGCACUGGAUCCAGCCAUCAUCGCGCAGCAGCAGAUCAUGGACCAGAUCACCAUGGCGGUGCAGAACCGGCUGCUGGCCAUCAACAUGGCGGUGACGGUGGAGGACCCCAACAAGGCACAAAGCAUCAGAGACUGGUUGGCAGAGACGGGAAAAUGCCUCGGGAAGUACGGCGGCCACCAGGACCAGCACGGCAACGUCAGGCUCGACUUCAAGGCGGUGCAGAUCGGCACGCAGGUGGUGCACGUCUCCCACAAGACGCAGUUCACCCAUGGCUGGCUCUGGUGCGAGAAAUGUGGCGGCACCAGCUACCUUGGGGACCACAAGAGCAGGAUCGUGGCAGGAGUGGCAAGGAAGCUGGCAAGGCCAUGUCAGCCCCCAACAGCAGCAGGGCGGCGGGUCUUGGAGGACAUGCAGAGGGGCAAGCUGCCAAGAGGAGCUAAGCCAGCAGCAGACCCAGCUGAUGAGGGUCUCGACGAGAUCACCUUGCCUGGAGACUUCAAGCUCGGCCUGAGUAACCACGAGGUGAUCGAUCUGGACGGGGACAGCUCAGAGGCAGGGGACCCGCAGCCAGCUCCACAGCAGCCACCCAGCCAUCCGCACUCUGUCGUCCACGCCAGCUGGAGGCUCGUCGACCACAUGGAGGGCUACGCGGAGCAGUGGAUGAACAUGGUCGACCAAGAGGUCUGGGACGAUAAGGACGACUGGAUGGAGCACUGCGUACCGUACCUCCUGGCCAUCACCAAUGUGGGUGGCAGAACGGACACGAAAGAGCAGACCAGGGCCGUCACCGAGCAGGAGCUCCAGCAGAUCAAGGACUUCUGCGGAGAAGUCUGGCGCAACACGCACCGCACGCGACGGGGGCUCAUGACCAGGAUGCUUACCCUCCCGUAUGGUGCAAGGCAGCAGGCAGCAAGAGUGCACAUGGACGCCUUCCAGAACAGAAGGAGCAACAUCCUAGCGCACAGCAUCCCCAGCAGCGAGCGCAGGCCGCUGCCGAGAACAGCGGAGGCCAGCCGAGAGUGGUCACCAGAGAACCUGGACGAUGAUGACUCGACCCCAGACAGUGAAGCCCCAGAGCUGGAGGGUGAGCCGAGCAGCCAGGAGAUUGAGACCAUGGCGGGACCUGAUCAGAGGCGCGACGCCAACAGCCUGAUGCAGACGGCAGUGCAGGUGGCAGUAACGCUGACCAAGCCAGUGGGGCCCGACCUGAUGAAGUUCGUGAGCGAAGCCGACGAGGCCGGCCUGCUCCACCCAAGGCUUCGACACAACAAAGGAGAAGCUGACCAGGACCCCGAGCAGGAGGUGGCGUGGCUCGAGAGGAACAGGCUCGAGCAGCUCAUGCAGUCGCUGGCAGGCUGUUGGAGCCAGAAAGAGGGCGAGCAGGGCUGGCCAUCGUGGCAGGCCCCGUGCGUGCCCCAUGUGCUGAGGGCGCUGCAGACUGGAGUCUACCAGAGGCUUUUCAGCUACGUGUCAGGGACGAGCCGCCAGCGCAGCCAGCGCCGAGCGGCGGAGGAGAUCUGCCGCCUGGCAUUUUCAGGCAGGGACGAGCCGCCAGCGCAGCCAGCGCCGAGCGGCGGAGGACGCAGCACCAAGGACAUGGCAGACCUCGACCACGUCCCUGGAGAGGAGAACAGCGAGGAUUGCCCCCAGCAGCCCGUAGACAAGCAAAACAGCGAUGACAACCACCAGCAGCUCCCAGAUGUACAGCACAGCAUAGGGCACCACCUGGCAGACCGCAGAGGACCCCAGCGUGGCGAGGGGUUAGGCCACGGAGGACCCCAGCGCGGUGAGGGGUUAGACCGCAGAACCAAAGGCAAGCAGAGGAUCGAGGUGGAGGUCCCUGACGAGCCCAGUGAGCAUGACGCGGACGUCUUGACCAACAGUGUGGUAGACAGGACCUCGCAACUAACAGAGCGGACCCUUGCCCUGGGAAACCGACAGACUGAACGCGAGGGGGAGGGCUUGGCCCGCGGAUACCACGUGAACCGCGAACACAGCGAGUGGCAUAGUCGGGGGACUUCGCCUGAGCCAGUGGGCAGCAGCACCGAGGAUGGGGACAGUGCGAGACUCGGCGCUCCCCCGCGUGGCGAGGGGUUAGGCCACAAAACAGCGCAGCCUGAGAAGGCGGCAGACUACGACGACACAGACCUGCAGCGGGACUUGGAGAAGAUCUCCGGCGACCCUCCACAGCGCGGUGAGGGGUUAGACCACAAGGCACCCCUGCGUGGCGAGGGGUUAGGCCACGGCAAUCCCCUGCGCGGUGAGGGGGUAGACCGCAGGACCAAAGGCAAGCAGAGGCUUGAGGCGGAAGCCUAUGACGUGCCCAGCGAGCAUAACGCGGACCUUUUGACCAACAGUGUGGUAGACAGGACCUCGCAACUAACAGAGCGGACCCAUACCCUGGGAGACCGACAGGCUGAACGCGAGGGCAGCAGCAUAUCAACACAAGACGGCAGCGUUGCGCAGCAGCUCAACCAGCCUGACCCAGGCAGGCUGAACGAAGAAGGUGCAGCCAAGGACCAGCAGCAGGCCCUCCUCGCAGACCUGCACGCGAUAGCAGAGGGCGCCCUCGUGGACCCAGGGACAAUCAGCAGGGUAGCAGAGGAGGUAAAGAGCAUGGCCAAGCUACCCACAAAGGCGGUGAAGAAGGCGUACAUCCACUGGGUGCACGACGCCACGGCAGGCAGUGCGAAGAUGGCCCACGCCUACACCAAGGCGGCGGAGCGCAGCCAUCUGGAGGAUAUCCUAGAGCACGAGGGCCAGGUCAUCAACCACCCGCAGCAGCUGGUGGACUUGCGCAAAGAAGCAUGGCAACGCAGGUGGACACGAGAUGCGCAGAAGGCCGAGAGGAUCCAAGAGGCGUUGGCCAAGCUGAGGCAGGCUGCCUUGGCCCAAGAGAAUGCCCUCGAGCCCAUCAGCAAGGACAUCAUAGGCUCCAUCAUCCAGCACCUGAAGCGCAAUGCUGGCCAAGGAGCGGGCUGGUGGAGGGCUCCAGAGCUCAAGGCCAUGGGCGCCCAGGGGCUGGAAGAUUUCGUGCAGUGCCUGACCAGCUGUGAGCAACGGGCAGCUUGGCCGUGGCAAUUCUACUUGGCGCUGGAGCUGCUGCUGGGUAAGAAGCCAGGAAUCGGCGGAGAGCGCCCCAUCGGCCCCAUGCCCAUGCCGUACCGCAUCUGGAGCGCAGCCAGGAGGCCCAUCGUAGCCACCUGGAGCAAGGCAGCGGCGGGUUUCUGGGAUACGGCAGUAGCUGGCUCCUCAGCGCUACGAGUGGCAAUGCACAGACUGAUGAGGGCAGAAGCCGCCACGGAGAUGGGCUUUCAUGCAGCAGGAGUGUUCUACGACGCGGCAAACUUCUACGACAACAUAGGCCUCGACCAGCUGAUCGAGAAGGCCAGUGCCCUCCAGUACCCGUUGCUGCCGCUGGCAAUGGCCGUGCAGAUGUACCUUGCGCCCAGGGCCAUCAUGGCCCACAGCCUCUUCUCGGACAUCUUCGAGCACCACAUCUUCGUCGUCAUGCAGCAGUACCUGGACGACUUGGCCCUGCAGGUAGAGGGUGCGCGGCGGCAGGUCAUUGACCAGAUCAAGCACGUGGCAGCGCUGGUGCACGAUGGAUUCAAGCAGCUCGCGAUACCCAUCUCUGUCAAGACGGCAGUGGUGGCCUCGGACAAGGACCUCCAGGCAGAAGUCGCCAGCAUCCUGGACAGCCUGGGCACCCCCAACAAGCAACCAGGUGUAGUGCGCGACCUCGGCGUGGACACCAGCCUUGGCAAGCGGCUGCGGCGACCCACCCAUGCCGCGCGCCAGGCCAAGGCCAAGCAGAGGGUGGCCAAACUCAAGGACCUAGCGAAGACGGACGCCAGAGGCGCGGCAAAGGUCUGUUCAGCAGGUGCCUACUGCCAGCAGGCUUGGGACUUACCAGCGCAUGGCAUCACGCCCACGGAGGCGAAGUUGGUCAGGGCUACGGAUGCAGCGCUCCUCACAGCCAUCGGCGACCAGAUCAAGCAGUUCUGGCUCACCGUAGUCGACCACCCGACGGAACUCAAGAGGUACCAGAGAGGCUGGCUCCUGCUCUACGCCAAGCUGGGCGCCCUGGAACCCAACCGCAGGUGGCAGCAGGCAGCCAUGCUGGAGACCAUAGCGGUGGCGGGCAUCUGGACCAGGGAGCGUCGCAGGGCGGCCAACCUCAACCAAGAAGGCGAUGACACCUGCGCGAGAUGCGGCGAGGCGAUAGAGACAGAGGAACACCGCUACUACGCAUGCCCUGCCAACGCAGAGAUAGGGCACAGCAAUGACACCGACCUGGCGAAGAAGGCGAAGGACGCGCUGGACCAGCGGCAGGACCUGCAUCUCUGGCUCCGAGACAUCCCGCCAGCGGCCUGGGCAGCCAAGGUCGACCCAGACGAGGACGCGGCGAAGGCGGCGCAGAUCUUCUGCACCAGCGAAGAGGCUCAGGCUGCAGCCCAGUCAGGGCACAAGGUUCGAGCAGACUAUGUCUUCACGGACGGCUCAGGUGGUGCAGGGGAAACGGCCAGGGACCCCCGCCUCAGACGCUGCGGCUGGGCAGUGGUGGACACCAUCAUGGGCCACCACAUCCCGAGCCACCUGAUCGAGCACCCAGCCGAGCUGGAGAGGUGGAAUGGCCCCACCUGGUGGGUCAUAGGAAACGAGAUGGCAGACAAGUACGCAGGCUGGGGAGCGGAGCAUGGAGCACUGGAUCCAGCCAUCAUCGCGCAGCAGCAGAUCAGGGACCAGAUCACCAUGGCGGUGCAGAACCGGCUGCUGGCCAUCAACAUGGCGGUGACGGUGGAGGACCCCAACAAGGCCCCUCAGCGUCCCAAGGCCAAGCGGCGAAAGCCGCAGACGGCGAGGGACAGGGCAGCCCAGCAGGGACACGACCUGCGAAAGCUACAUCCGCGAUGGUGGUGUGCAACGUGUCGCAGUGGCCCAGCCAAAGGACAAAGCAUCAGAGACUGGUUGGCAGAGACAGGAAAAUGCCUCGGGAAGUACGGCGGCCACCAGGACCAGCACGGCAACGUCAGGCUCGACUUCAAGGCGGUGCAGAUCGGCACACAGGUGGUGCACGUCUCCCACAAGACGCAGUUCACCCAUGGCUGGCUCUGGUGUGAGAAAUGUGGCGGCACCAGCUACCUUGGGGACCACAAGAGCAGGAUCGUGGCAGGAGUGGCAAGGAAGCUGGCAAGGCCAUGUCAGCCCCCAACAGCAGCAGGGCGGCGGGUCUUGGAGGACAUGCAGAGGGGCAAGCUGCCAAGAGGAGCUAAGCCAGCAGCAGACCCAGCUGAUGAGGGUCUCGACGAGAUCACCUUGCCUGGAGACUUCAAGCUCGGCCUGAGUAACCACGAGGCGAUCGAUCUGGACGGGGACAGCUCAGAGGCAGGGGGCCCGCAGCCAGCUCCACAGCAGCCACCCAGCCAUCCGCACUCUGUCGUCCACGCCAGCUGGAGGCUCGUCGACCACAUGGAGGGCUACGCGGAGCAGUGGAUGAACAUGGUCGACCAAGAGGUCUGGGACGAUAAGGACGACUGGAUGGAGCACUGCGUACCGUACCUCCUGGCCAUCACCAAUGUGGGUGGCAGAACGGACACGCAAGAGCAGACCAGGGCCGUCACCGAGCAGGAGCUCCAGCAGAUCAAGGACUUCUGCGGAGAAGUCUGGCGCAACACGCACCGCACGCGACGGAGGCUCAUGACCAGGAUGCUUACCCUCCCGUAUGGUACAAGGCAGCAGGCAGCAAGAGUGCACAUGGACGCCUUCCAGAACAGAAGGAACAACAUCCUAGCGCACAGCAUCCCCAGCAGCGAGCGCAGGCCGCUGCCGAGAACAGCGGAGGCCAGCCGAGAGUGGUCACCAGAGAACCUGGACGAUGAUGACUCGACCCCAGACAGUGAAGCCCCAGAGCUGGAGGGUGAGCCGAGCAGCCAGGAGAUUGAGACCAUGGCGGGACCUGAUCAGAGGCACGACGCCAACAGCCUGAUGCAGACGGCAGUGCAGGUGGCAGUAACGCUGACCAAGCCAGUGGGGCCCGACCUGAUGAAGUUCGUGAGCGAAGCCGACGAGGCCGGCCUGCUCCACCCAAGGCUUCGACACAACAAAGGAGAAGCUGACCAGGACCCCGAGCAGGAGGUGGCGUGGCUCGAGAGGAACAGGCUCGAGCAGCUCAUGCAGUCGCUGGCAGGCUGUUGGAGCCAGAAAGAGGGCGAGCAGGGCUGGCCAUCGUGGCAGGCCGCGUGCGUGCCCCAUGUGCUGAGGGCGCUGCAGACUGGAGUCUACCAGAGGCUUUUCAGCUACGUGUCAGGGACGAGCCGCCAGCGCAGCCAGCGCCGAGCGGCGGAGGAGAUCUGCCGCCUGGCAUGGCUCAACAGCGGAGAGGCGCGCAGACAGAUCCAGCAGCAGGACCCGAAGGAGGCAGAGCGGCGCAGAGCAACGGCUGAGCAGAUCCUGGGCGUGACUGAGCCAGAGGUGAGGAGCCGCAGCCCGCGACGCAGCACCAAGGACAUGGCAGACCUCGACCACGUCCCUGAAGAGGAGAACAGCGAGGAUUGCCCCCAGCAGCCCGUAGACAAGCAAAACAGCGAUGACAACCACCAGCAGUUCCCAGAUGUACAGCACAGCAUAGGGUACCACCUGGCAGACCGCAGAGGACCCCAGCGUGGCGAGGGGUUAGGCCACGGAGGACCCCAGCGCGGUGAGGGGUUAGACCGCAGAACCAAAGGCAAGCAGAGGAUCGAGGCGGAGGUCCCUGACGAGCCCAGUGAGCAUGACGCGGACGUCUUGACCAACAGUGUGGUAGACAGGACCCCGCAACUACCAGAGCGGACCCUUACCAUGGGAAACCGACAGACUGAACGCGAGGGGGAGGGCUUGGCCCGCGGAUACCACGUGAACCGCGAACACAGCGAGUGGCAUAGUCGGGGGACCUCGCCUGAGCCAGUGGGCAGCAGCACCGAGGAUGGGGACAGUGCGAGACUCGGCGCUCCCCCGCGUGGCGAGGGGUUAGGCCACAAAACAGCGCAGCCUGAGAAGGCGGCAGACUACGACGACACAGACCUGCAGCGGGACUUGGAGAAGAUCUUCGGCGACCCUCCACAGCGCGGUGAGGGGUUAGACCACAAGGCACCCCUGCGCGGCGAGGGGUUAGGCCACGGCAAUCCCCUGCGCGGUGAGGGGGUAGACCGCAGGACCAAAGGCAAGCAGAGGCUUGAGGCGGAAGCCUAUGACGUGCCCAGUGAGCAUAACGCGGACCUUUUGACCAACAGUGUGGUAGACAGGACCUCGCAACUAACAGAGCGGACCCAUACCCUGG